UACAAAAGUUAUCUCCUUUUCCAGUUAAUUCAGUGACGUUUACCUUGCCUUGUGCAUUUCAUGAUUUUUAGGAAAAUUAUAGAAUCUCAAAAUUUCCUUAAAGUACUACUAUAUUUGUGUUUCUAUGUGAAAUAUUAGAUGAAGGUAUAAGUAUUAGGUGUCUAGCAGAACUCUCAAAAUUACUGGGAUAGUGUAGUAUAGUCUGUCUGCCUUUUUGUUUCGAAAAUACAUAAGUUCACAUAAUACCUUCUUCACCAUGUUGUUAUGGAGGCUAGUGUAUUUCGCUGUUGCGGUUUGUUACAGUCUGUUAAAACCUUCACAUUCCCAAGAUGUUUCGCUUGAUAAAGUACUCCAGUUGACUAGACUUCGCGAAAUGUUGUCUGAACCGAUUGCUGCAAAGGGCGAGGCGUUUCCAAACAUCACCGGUCCGAAAUCUUUCGACUCAAAGAUAGCCAUCUUGGGGGCAGAACCAGCUGGCAUACACAUGGCCUAUAAAUUGAAGAAACUCGGUUAUACGAAUGUGGUAGUUUUGGAGCCUGAGGAUCGGAUAGGCGGAGAUUCAUUGACAGUCUAUCACAGAGGAGUCCGACACGAACUGGGCGUUGGUCACUUCCGCGUUGAGAACACAGACAUCCUGUCAAUUAUACAGGACUUUAGGAUGGGUCCAGUCCAGCCCAUAGGGGACGUUUCUGUGUGGCCUGAUAGUGACCAUGCUGAAGACUUAUUGCCAUACUUACUGUUCGAUGCAAACCAAAGAUCAAACGAUAGCAAUCCGUUAACUGCUCUUAACCUGUUGUCCGAAGCCGUCAUGACGUAUGUCAGGAUACAUCGACAGAUUUUCGGGGACUACGACGGUCUAUUGAUGCCACGUCCUCUUACACCUGAAAUGCAAAUGGUUAACGGUACCAUUGAAGAUUUUCUUAAAAGAAACGAUCUCAGUAUGUUAGAAACACCGUUCCGAGUAUUAUACACUGCACAGGGGUACGGAGAUAUAGAUAAAAGGGCAGCGUUGUAUGGUUUGAUGUAUGUCACACCAAAACGAUUGCUUAGAUUAAUAGAAUCAUUUAUAGAUCUAUCGAAUAGGGGUGACACGUACAUUCUGGAGCGUGGAUUUUCAGCAUUGUGGGCGGAAAUUGUUAAUAAGGCUAAUCUUGAUGUGAGGGUUAAUCGGAACAUUUCUUACAUUAUUAGAACACCUGGGAAGAUUAAUGUGUUUUAUGAUGGCACUGCAGAGGCAGAAACCAUGGAAGUUUACGAUUUUCUUAUAGUUGCCAGAGAUAUGAGUAAAGUUCUGGGCAUUGUUGACACCUCCUGGAUAGAGCGAGGGAUUUUCAGCCAUCUUACACCUUCUUUUAUGACGUCAUCACUGAUCGAUACCAACUUCGGUCGGCGUGCGCCCAUGCCGAGAGCAUACUACAUGUAUAAUAUCAAAUCAAGGGCAAAUCACUCUGUUUUGUACCAUGAAGAUUCUUACAGCAUUUUACAUAACAUCCAGGGAACUAAUUACAGUCGCGGACUAAUACCAGGGGGAUAUGACGGUGAAAUGUACCAGUCCAUAGUAGUUCGGCAAUAUGGUGACUCAUUUCCAUCAGAAGACGAUAUUAAAUCUGGUUUCUUAAAUCAUGCAAAUUUAUACGGAAUAACACACGGUCUUGUACUAGCUAGGAAAACAUGGAACUAUUUUUCCAAAUUUGGACCAGCAGAAAUGGCCGCAGGCCUGCUAUGGGACAUAUUCACAUUACAGGGACACAAGAACACGUGGUACAUAGGGUCGUCUGUCUGUUUUGAUUCCUUGAACAAUGUCAUUGAUUAUAAUAACCUUAUCCUCCAACACUUCAACCUCUAGAAUGGAACGGAAAACAAAUCAAGCUAUCAUGGAUCUUGAGCGUAAUUACUAAAAAGUAAACAUGUAUACCUUUUAAGGCAAUAAUACUUAACUGACCAUAUUACCUUUUGAUUGUUAUGUUUGCCUUAAUUUAUGUUGCAUAUUGUAUACAGCUAUAACUCAUGACUUUGUAUAUAUUGUUUGAUAAAAUAUUAAUGAUUAUGACAACUAUGACACAUCUUCUGUCAUGUUUUAGAAAUAUGAUAUUCGCGUUGUCAAUACAGCAACUGUUCAUCAUGUCAACAGACAAUAAAUACAAUGUAUUGUACCUGUAAUUGAAUCAACAGUGUUUGUAUUCCAAAUAACAUCGAAAGACAUCAUUUCAGUAACAAGAUACUUUUGCAAAAGUGCAUCGGCAUUAUGAACGCUCUUAAAAGACAUUGUCACCAGUUUCAUCAAAAGUAAUGUGACGGCGAAAAACAUCGAAACUUGGAAAAGACGUGUGUUUUUGGAGGAAACGGAGAUCAUGUCUGCGGAAAGAGAAUACAUUUUGCUUGCAUAAAGGAGGUGUGUGAAAGAAAAUGUAUCCAUCUUUCCAACGGUACUAAGUGUUUUGUUUUUGUACCACAAUUAGAAAUGUGAUUGUUGACGUUAAUGGGGGAUCGAUCUUUCUCGUGUCUACAUGUAUCAUCACUGGGAGUUACACUUUUAUCGAAAAUUGAUGUUAAUUCCGAAAACGUGUAAACUUGUUCUGAACUCAUAUGUAAAUGUCAAAAUACAGCUGUAAUAAAUUCGCAGGUCCCUCUGGUAGAAUACAAUGAAAAGAGUAAAAAAUGUCCAAUGAAAUCAUGUUUGCAUUGGAUUCUACCACUGGGACUUGCGAAUGUAUUAUCUGACAUACAUUGCUAAACGUACAUGUUGGUAUAUAUUGUAACCUGUAUUUCGUAUCUUUUUAGUAGUUGAACGGUUCUUGAUAUACACACUUCAUUCAUUGUAAAUUUGACAUCACUCAGUCCUACUCUUAUAUUUAUAAUCCGUAAAAUUAAGUGGUUUUAUGUACCAACACAUUCGGAUACCCUCUUUUUGACCUGCUAGCAUCACCGAUGAGUGCUAGAAGGACGAAACAGCUGUAUGGUGCAGUGUAAGUCCUUUGUUGGCAUACUAGAUCAAUUACCAAAUUCCAUAGGUACAAUCUUCAUGUCAAUGCCUUAUGUUCAUCUUAUCACAAGGAGUGUCUCGUACAGAUUCAUGUGUAAAUGGCAAGUAUGGAUAUAAGUGCAUCUUGAUAUGUAUAUGGGACCUGUAGAAGUUUCUAAACAUUUUCUUCGGGUUGGUAAAUAUGGAUUAUGAAAAGAUUCAUGUAGCACAACCAAAAAGUGUUUAUGUGUGACGUUUCGAUGACUAGUACGGUAUGUACAUAUACUCUGUCACCUUCAUAAGACAAAUGAACAUUAUGAACAAGUUGUCCACAAAUGGAUGUCGAUUCGGCCACGAUGUAAGCGUAUGUCCAAUUAGUUCUUAUAUUAUAAAGCGUAGCUGAAUCGAGUCAUUUCGGUACAUAUAUACCAACUAACUGUACAUACGCUUACAGCGUAGCCGAAUCGACAUCGAUUUGUGGAUAACUCGUACAUAUUUUACACCUUUAUGUACAUACGUGUCACUGGUCAUUUUUCUGACGAAGGUGACGGAAUACAUACGGUACUAGCCAUCUAAACGUCACAUAUAAACAUGUUUUGGUUGUGUUACAUGUACAAGAAUCUUUUCAUAAUGUUUACAGGUAGAUUCUGGUUUUGAAAUAGGUAUUUGAUUUUCUUUCUGCUCACCGUUUAUAAUUGCCUUUACAGUCAUUCAGGUAAUAUUUUCAUAAUGAAACUUGUACAUGUAGUAGCAUUAUUUAUGUAUGAGACAUGUAUUUCUUACCACACGUAGGUAUUGAAAUGCUUUAUUAACGAUACAAAUGUACACCUGGUUUGUGAUAAUCCAGCGAUUCGUCAAACUGUAAAACAUGACAAGUCAUGUCACUAAAACCACAUGUGCGUGUUCUAAUCUUCACCUUUAUGUUCUCACCACUGUAGACCGUAAUGGACUCGUCAAGAUCAAUGCAUGGUAGAGUCUACUAAAGUUAUAUAGGGAUGAAAGGGUUAAAUCACAAGAACAUACAUAUAUUACAGGUCUUUACAUAUAGUGUCUUGUCAGUGACAAGAUGUUUCCUGCUUAUCAAACGAAACUCUUACGAUAGUAAAUGUCACGUGCUUCUUAACUAACGCACCAAACUACUAUUUGAGGCUCCAAUUAAGAUGAACGCUUGCUGUAUAUAAAACUAUUUCUAUUUGAGUGAGUAACUUUAUUUAUAUAUUUGAGCAUGAAUAAAUUUAAAAAAAAAACCUGUUGGAAUCGGUGUUUUUCGAUUAUCUUUAUUAUGAAAUAAAAGAUA